UCGGAGAGCGAACGGCACCCGGAACAACCGGUCUCACUUUCGCUUCUCCAUUCUUCCCUUUUCCCUUUUAUUGCAUUGCCUUGUCAGCUACCAAAGAUGUCAGCCAGGCCGGGAUUCUACCGACAGGAGCUGAAUAAGACGGUAUGGGAGGUGCCGGAGCGAUACCAGAACCUUACGCCAGUUGGAUCCGGAGCAUACGGUUCGGUGUGUUCGGCCUACGACGUGGUCCUGAGGCAGAAGGUGGCGGUGAAGAAGCUGUCGCGGCCUUUCCAGUCGCUAGUCCACAGUCGCCGCUCAUACCGGGAACUCCGGCUCCUCAAGCACAUGAAACAUGAGAAUGUCAUCGGCCUGCUGGAUGUCUUCACUCCUGCUGCAGCGUUGGAAGACUUCAAUGAACUCUAUCUGGUGACUAACCUGAUGGGCGCCGACCUCAAUAACAUUGUCAAAUUUCAACGGUUGUCCGACGAGCACGUCCAGUUUUUGAUUUACCAGCUCCUGCGUGGGCUAAAGUACAUCCAUUCAGCGGGAUUGAUUCACAGAGACCUCAAGCCAAGUAACGUGGCGGUGAAUGAAGACUGCGAGCUGAGGAUCCUCGAUUUUGGCCUGGCCCGGCAAACGGACGACGAGAUGACGGGCUACGUGGCGACUCGCUGGUAUCGGGCGCCGGAAAUCAUGCUGAACUGGAUGCACUACAAUCAAAAUGUUGAUAUUUGGUCUGUUGGAUGCAUUAUGGGAGAGCUGCUGAAAGGAAAAGUGCUUUUUCCCGGCACAGACUAUAUCGACCAGCUGAAGAGAAUCAUGGAGAUGGUCGGGACGCCGACCCCGGACCUCUUGGAGAAGAUCUGCUCUGAGCAUGCACAGAAGUACAUCCAGUCUCUGCCUUUCAUGCCUCAGCAAGACCUGGAGAAGAUCUUCCGGGGAGCAAAUCCAUUAGCGGUCGGUCUGCUGAAGCGCAUGCUGGUCCUGGACUGCGAUGGCAGGAUCUCGGCCAACGAGGCUCUGGCCCACCCUUAUUUCUCGCAGUACCACGACCCGGACGACGAACCCGAAGCUCCGCCUUACGACCAAACCCUCGAGAGUAAAGACCGCACUCUGGAAGAAUGGAAAGAGUUGGUGUUUACAGAGGUGAACGGCUUCAAAGCGUCGGCCGGCAAGUCCGGCAGCCUUCAGGUGGAGCAGUGACUCAAGGAGUCGGCACGUUUCACAAUUACAGGGAAGAUUUAAGGUCAAAAGUUGCUCGCUGUUCUGUUUCCCUUUCCGCGAGACCGAAAGAGGAACAACACGGCUCUCGGUGGUGAUUCAUACGAGAAAGCAACUUUGGAACAAGACACGCUAGGAUUUCCAAAGAGAGAGCACAACAGCAUCUGGCUCCUCAUUGUUGCGAGGGAAAAAUAAAAAAAGCUUAGCAUUUAGCCCGCAUACUGCAUGA